AUGUGUCAUGUUGCAAGCAAGGGCACAUUCAAAAAACAAACAAACUCCCCCCUCCAAGCCACGCGUUCACCGGUUAUCCCAUCCCACAUCAUCAAUGUCAAACACGCGGGGUGUGGCUGCUAG